GUAUAGUGUGUUCAUUUUUAUGUUUUGUGUCUUUUAAGCUACAUGUGCACAUCAGGACACACUUCCUGACUGAUGCUUGUGAGGAUGAUGAUGAUGAUGAGGAUGAUGGUGUGUGUUUCAGGAUGACGUCAUGAGGCCUCGGAGAGUUCGACUACAGUAUGAAGCUGCUGCAGCGAAUCCAGCCGCAAUUGUGGGUUGUAAAGUGUGUCGUGUUCCUGAAGGCUCCACUGAACGUUACACCAGGUGGAUCAACUCUCUGAGUCCAGAGCAGCUCCUCACACAGGUGUACACGUCGCACGGGCCGACGGUCAUCAUGCCCACCUGGUUCUGUUCUCGUGACUGGUUUGAGAAAGUGGGUCCGUUUAACGAGGGAGGAAAGGGCGUUCCUGAGGAUCUGCUCUUCUUCUACCAGAGUCUUCGUCGCGGAGGUCACGCGAUCCGAGUGGAUGAGUGUUUGCUGGUUUAUCGCUAUCAUGAACACGCAGCUACUCAUUCAGUGCUGGAAGAGACCAUCUGGAGUCUCCGCGUCCACUUCCUGCAGGAGCGAGUGCUCAGCCAAUGGGAAUCUUUCACCGUAUGGAACGCUGGGAAACAGGGCCGCAGACUCUACCGCAGCUUGAGUCCAACCAAUCAGAAGAAGGUGAAAGCGUUCUGUGACGUAGAUGAGAACAAAAUUCAGAAAGGCUUUUACACGUACGAGGAGUCGAAGGAACGGCCCAAACCCAGGAUUCCUGUGCUGCACUUCACAAACGCAUCGCCGCCGUUCAUCGUGUGUGUGAAGCUGGAUAUGACUCACGGAGUCCUGGAGGGAAACCUGCGCUCGCUGCAACUGAAGGAGGGAAUACAUUAUUAUCAUUUCAGCUGAAGACGCUGAGCUUUGAGCUGCAGUACAGUGAAAGCUCAGGGACUGCGGGAGCGGACAACACCUUCUGCUAGAAACCUGUUUCAUAAUGGGACUGAGUCACGUCUUAAUGAGAAUAUAAGAACACACAACCUUUUCUGUCAGAGCUGGAGGAAAGAAACCCUCAUCAGAUGAGUGUCAAACUAUAGGAGACGGUCAAAGCUCUGACUGAAGUGAAAUGUGUGUGAGAGCUGGGAACUGCUUCCUGCUGUCCUUCCCAGAGUUCCCGGCUUGAGAAACCUCUCACAUCCCUCUAGCACCUACACUACAACACACACACACACACAACACACACU